UUCCUCCUCCGGCUCCGGGCCGCUCAGCUCGGUCGCCGGCUCCGGCUCCUCCCGGCCGCCCGGGGCCGAGGCGGCGAGAGGUUGUAAAAAUCCAUGUGGGACGGCCCGGGGCGAGCAUCGCAAAGAUCUCUGAUUGGAAUCAUCACCUGGCACUGCCUAAAAAGAAUGUAGUGACAGUUCUGGCAAACAGUGGAAUUAUUGGCUUAAACUCCAGCAUAGCAUAGCAUUUCUUCUCUUUAACAGCAAUUCAUAAAAGAAGAAAAAUGUAUGGAAGUGCAAGAACAAUCACCAAUCUGGAGGGUAGCCCUUCUAGGUCACCUCGUUUGCCAAGGUCCCCUCGUCUGGGCCAUCGAAGAACGAGUAGUGGAGGUGGGGGAGGAACAGGCAAGACUCUGUCUAUGGAAAAUAUCCAAUCCCUUAAUGCAGCCUAUGCUACAUCUGGCCCCAUGUACCUGAGUGAUCAUGAAGGAGUAGCUUCAACCACUUACCCAAAGGGCACUAUGACUCUGGGCAGGGCCACAAAUAGAGCUGUUUAUGGAGGUCGAGUCACAGCCAUGGGAAGUAGUCCCAAUAUUGCUUCGGCUGGACUUUCCCACACAGAUGUCCUUUCAUACGCAGAUCAACAUGGUCUGAGCAGCUCAGCUCAUCAUCACCACCACCAGGUCCCUUCUAUGUUGAGGCAGGUAAGAGAUAACACCAUGUUAGAUCUUCAAGCCCAGCUCAAGGAACUUCAGAGAGAGAAUGACCUCCUCCGGAAAGAGCUAGACAUCAAGGACAGCAAGCUGGGAUCCUCUAUGAACAGCAUCAAGACUUUCUGGAGUCCUGAGCUGAAGAAGGAGAGAGUAUUAAGGAAGGAAGAGGCAGCCCGGAUGUCUGUCCUCAAGGAGCAGAUGAGAGUUUCUCAUGAAGAAAACCAGCACCUGCAACUGACAAUCCAGGCCCUUCAAGAUGAGCUGCGAACACAGAGAGAUCUCAACCAUCUCCUGCAGCAAGAGAGUGGUAACCGUGGGGCUGAGCACUUCACCAUUGAGCUGACUGAGGAGAACUUCCGGAGGCUCCAAGCUGAGCAUGACAGGCAGGCAAAGGAGUUGUUCCUUCUGCGGAAAACACUGGAGGAAAUGGAGCUGAGAAUUGAAACUCAGAAACAGACCCUCAAUGCCCGAGAUGAGUCCAUUAAAAAGCUCCUUGAAAUGUUGCAGAGUAAAGGUUUGCCAUCCAAAAGCCUUGAGGAUGACAAUGAGCGCACUCGCCGCAUGGCAGAGGCUGAGUCUCAAGUCAGCCACUUGGAAGUGAUCUUAGACCAGAAAGAGAAGGAAAACAUCCACCUCAGAGAGGAAUUGCAUCGAAGAAGCCAACUCCAGCCUGAGCCAGCCAAGACGAAAGCUCUCCAGACUGUCAUUGAAAUGAAGGACACAAAAAUUGCAUCAUUGGAGCGAAACAUAAGAGACCUUGAGGAUGAGAUCCAGAUGUUAAAAACUAAUGGUGUAUUGAAUACUGAGGACCGAGAGGAAGAGAUCAAACAAAUAGAGGUUUACAAAAGUCACUCCAAGUUCAUGAAGACAAAGAUUGAUCAGCUGAAGCAGGAACUUUCAAAGAAAGAGUCAGAACUUCUUGCCUUACAAACAAAGCUUGAAACCCUUAGCAAUCAAAACUCAGAUUGCAAGCAACACAUUGAAGUGCUUAAAGAGUCGCUUACUGCCAAAGAACAGAGGGCUGCCAUUCUUCAGACUGAGGUAGAUGCACUGAGAUUACGAUUGGAAGAGAAAGAAUCUUUCCUCAACAAAAAAACAAAGCAACUGCAGGACCUCACAGAAGAAAAGGGUACCCUGGCUGGAGAGAUUCGUGACAUGAAAGAUAUGCUAGAAGUAAAGGAAAGAAAAAUCAAUGUUCUUCAGAAAAAGAUUGAAAACUUGCAAGAACAACUUAGGGAUAAAGACAAGCAACUGACCAAUCUGAAAGACAGAGUGAAGUCCUUGCAGACUGAUUCUACCAACACGGACACUGCACUGGCCACACUAGAGGAGGCCCUGUCAGAGAAGGAGAGAAUAAUCGAGCGCUUGAAAGAACAGCGGGAGAGAGAUGAUCGGGAAAGACUAGAAGAAAUAGAAUCCUUCCGAAAAGAGAACAAAGACCUGAAGGAGAAGGUCAAUGCUCUACAAGCUGAACUGACAGAGAAAGAGUCUAGUUUAAUUGACCUCAAAGAACAUGCGUCUUCAUUAGCCUCUGCAGGGCUGAAAAGAGACUCCAAAUUAAAGUCUCUAGAAAUAGCCAUCGAACAAAAGAAAGAGGAAUGUAGCAAAUUGGAAGCACAGUUAAAAAAGGCUCAUAAUAUUGAAGAUGACUCCAGAAUGAACCCUGAGUUUGCAGACCGACUAAAACAGCUUGAUAAAGAAGCAUCUUACUACCGUGAUGAGUGUGGCAAGGCCCAGGCAGAAGUGGACCGGUUGCUGGAGAUCCUCAAGGAGGUGGAAAAUGAAAAGAAUGACAAGGACAAGAAGAUUGCGGAACUCGAAAGGCAUAUGAAAGAUCAGAAUAAGAAGGUGGCCAACCUCAAGCACAAUCAACAGCUGGAAAAGAAGAAGAAUGCACAGUUGUUGGAAGAAGUCCGCAGGCGAGAAGACAGCAUGGCUGACAAUUCACAGCAUUUGCAGAUAGAGGAGCUAAUGAAUGCCUUGGAGAAGACCAGACAAGAACUGGAUGCCACCAAAGCCCGUCUUGCCUCGACACAGCAGUCCCUAGCAGAAAAGGAAGCACACUUGGCUAACCUCCGGGUCGAGAGGCGAAAACAGCUGGAGGAGAUCCUGGAGAUGAAACAGGAAGCACUACUUGCAGCAAUCAGUGAGAAGGAUGCAAACAUUGCUUUGCUGGAAUUGUCUGCCUCUAAGAAGAAAAAGACUCAGGAAGAAGUAAUGGCACUCAAGCGAGAGAAAGAUCGGCUAGUGCAUCAGUUAAAGCAGCAGGUUUAUAGACCUAGGAAACAGCCCCCGAGCUCGAAUAUACCAUGCACUUGUGAUGCUGGCUACAGCCCAGAUAUUACGGCCAAGUACCACGGGUCCAGCUACGAUGCUUACAUGUUCCAAAGGUCUCAGACUCAGAACAGAAUGAAGCUAAUGGCAGACAGCUACGAUGAAGACCAUCACCAUUACCACCACCACCACCAUCACCACCACCACCGAUCUCCUGGGAGGUCCCAACAUUCCAACCACAGACCCUCUCCAGACCAGCUAUCAGAAGGGCUGAAUACAGGGGAAACACAACUCUGCAGCAAUAUUCUGAUCACCUAUUGCAGUGCGGCCCACAUCACUGGUCACCACCUGAAGCAACGAACUGCAGGGGAAUUGUCACUUUCAUUGCAGAACAUGAAUCUUCUGGUUACCAUGGUGUCCCUCCUUCAUCUCAUGUCAUUUCCCAUGGAUUUGAAUAUGUAGGAAAGGAAGAAGGCAGAGAGGAAGAGGAGAAAAAAAUGACAGAGCCUCUGCUUCUCUGAAGGGAUUCAGGACAUUUAGAAUAUGAUCAUCUCUUCUGAAUGUCAUGAUUCGAUUUUUUUUUAAAUUUCUCUUACCUAAACCUUAUUGGAUACAUUGAAACUCCUUGGGAUUCUAUGGAUUCAGCUUCUGGUGUACAACUAGCUUCAUCCAUUUAUUCUGCUGGUCAGAGUGGUCCUUCCCAAUGCAUUCGAUAAGUUAUCGAAUGGUGUAAAUUUGCUGUGAGGGAGUGGUGUUGGCAGUGUGUCUACCACGAUGCAUGGAGUGUAUGAGAAAGAAACCAAAACACCAAAAAUAUGGCGAGCCUUUAACCUCCUCUAUUUCUUUAAUCUGCUGUUUGAAGAACCACAUUUUGAUGGCUUCAUCAGUUGUUACCUCUGGGCCAGGUUGGAAAUGAAAUCAAUUUUUUAAACCACUAAUACUUGCCAAGAAAUCGCCUUAUGAGAACAUGGUGUGUGUCUCUGACAAUGUAUGGCACAUCUAAAUUGAUCAUUCAUCAUCUUGCUCAUGUACCAGGGAGUGGAAAAAGCCUGAGGCACCCACCCACCCCAUGCGUUGCAGGCAUUGCCUCUGUUGGGAUGUGGUCUAGCUUCAGGCUCUUACUAUUCCGGUACAUGCAGGUCUCCAUGACAAAGCUGGGACUCAUUCACAUUUCAAGAUCCAAAUGCUUGCUGUGCUAACAGUGUAAGCUUAGAUCUUCUGUAAAAUCAAGGUCAUGUCUCACUUUUUAUAAAAAAAAAAAAAAAAAGAAAAUGUCUCCAACAUGGAUUGCAAACCAUUUUCACAUGAAAGCAUUGAUGAAUGAGGAAUAAUCACAAAAGCUGUGUAUCUGUAUAUAUAUAUAGUUCUCUAUAUGACUUGUAUGUGGAUCCAGUCAUUACUUAAAGCACAUGCCAGGGAAAAGAGACCAAAUUCCUAGGUCUUUUACAUACAGUGAACAUGGUACUAAGGAGAAUUAAGCUCCUACUGCUUCCUGUGAAGAUUAAAAUGAUUUAAGUAAUUAUAACUUCAUAAAACUGAUGACUAAGUCUGGCAAACAUGUGCAAAUGUUGUAUUGAUCUAUUUUCUUGUCAAUGGAAGAAAUCUUUCCACGUGUAUGCAAGUGGGAGAUGAAAACUUUCAUUUUUAAAGGACAAACAGUGAAUUAAGCAUGAGUGGCCUUAAUAAAACUAGUUGUCUUUCUUUGCUGCUGUGGAAAGGAUUCUAAAGAGAUGUUCUUGAAGUCUUGCAUUGAAUUUAGUCGUUAUUAUAGUUUUUAAAAUGUUGGUGCAAUUAACUCUGGAUCUUUCUGGUGAGCCAUAGCGAUAUUUAGAAGACAACACUAUUUAUUUAUUGGAGGAGAUGAAACUGUCCCUUGAGUUGUACCUUUUUAUCUGUUGGUGCAUCAGGGAAAGUUGUAUAUUCAAGCAAGUUUCCUGCUUCUGGUUUUGUUCUUGUCAGUAAGUAGAAAACUAUGUAAAGCUUGCAGUGUUGCAAAAACAAUCCAAAUAUAUUCAUGUUUUAGAAGUUCGUCCUUUAACUAUCAAAAGGAUCUAGGUCUUGGUUGGAGAAGUGAACAGAGUUCUUUGCAAACUCAUUUAUACUUUGAGACACAGUGUUACACUGAGAAACCCAAGCCACAGAUUCGUGGCUAUGAACAGUUUGUCUGUCCUCAGAGAGGCCCAGACCUGAACUCUGCAACUAAAUGCUUGAAGUAGGAAGUAGGAAAUCCAGUAGGGAAUGUUGGAUCCUUUGAAAUUGGAAAGAAAGGUACCAAAUGUGUAUAGUUAGUUAUUCCUACAUAUGUGCCAAUUUUGUCACAGCUAUGAUUUGGGGAGUCAUUUUUACCCCACUUUUAUUGGCUGAAAGUAUUAUUGAUUUUAUCUUUAUGCAAGCAUAUAAUUUUGUCCCUGAAAAUGAAAUUUGAUCUAACAUAGCAUCUUUUCUCAUUUCAUAUAUUAUUGUCUGAUGUUUUUUCUGGGGUUAAAAAAUAAAACCCUUUCUCACCCUUUAAAAAUUAUCUCUGGGUUUACAACAAACACUGUGAUGUUUGAAAGCUAUUUCCUUGGUGAAAACUUUAGCAAGUUCCCUUCUAAUCAAUGUAGUAGGAAAACAAAAGGUUUGGACUAACAGUUAGGAUAAGUUGGUCUAAGUCUUACUUUGUGCAAAAAUCAGGCUUGUACUUUAUACCCCAUUUGAUUUCUAUGUACAGUCUCAAUUUUGUAUUUAAUGAUUUUUAUGUAUCCAGUAUGCACAUUUAACAGCGUGUCAGCUUUCAUUUGAAAGUGGGUUUUACUUUUUCAACAGUGUUAUUUAUGAAGAGACCUCAUGUGUAUUGACAUCAGCUCAAUCUGCAAUGUUUUUGUGUAGAGUGCUGUUUGAAUGCUGCCAGGCGUCCAUGUAUCUAAUUCUCUGAGACCUUCAUUUGAUAGUGCUUCUUGUAAUAUUUCUUCAAGUGAGUGGCAUGUGGGUUGUGAUAUUGACCGUGUAAUUAUUGGACAUCGCUAUGAAAAAAAACACAUAAAUUAAACUAAGGAACCCUCAAAACUACCAGUGGGCAUGUAUUAGCCAGUCAUUGUAACCUCGUGUCUAGUAGAAAUGCAAUGUACAAGGUAUGUACAGUUCAUAAAUUUGUUAUCAUGUGUAUGAGAAGUACUUUGUGCUGAUCGCCUUAUUUAUAUUCAUCAAAUAAACCUUGGUUCUUUCUGAAGCAAGUUCAUUUUGUCUCUAAUAAAUGCUCUAAUCAUCGUGGUUUCUAUAUGUUGAGUGUCAUGAAUCUCCACUUGAAGAACUCUGUGGACUUGAAGAAAAAA